AGUACUAAAGAGUGCACUGCACAAGUAGCGCGAGAGAUGAAGACUCCUCCGGACAGAUCAGGAAUCACCUUUGAGGUUGGGGCUCAGCUCGAAGCCCGAGACCCUAAAAAGAACUGGUAUCCAGCAACUAUUGAGAAGAUUGACUACGACACGGAGCGAGUCCUCGUCCAUUACCGCCAGUGGAGCCGUCGGCACGAUGAAUGGUUCCACUGGACGUCGCCGUACCUGCGGCCUCUGGAGCGAGUCAGCCUGAGGAGGCAGGGCCUGAAUCCUCCGUGUUCACAGCCGAGGUUUGUUUCAGGUACGAAGGUUUUGGCCUGUUGGACCGACUGCAGGUUCUACCCCGCCAAAAUCCUCCGAGUCAACAGGGAUGACUCCUACACGGUGCGUUUCUACGACGGCGUGGUUCGGACCGUGAAGCCAACCAAGAUCAAACCUUUCCAGAGAAAGUCCAGACCUGAGAAGAGCACGGUUGGGAGUGAAGGAUGGGAGGAAGGGGAGAGUGGCGAGGAGGAUGGCGGAGCGGCUGAGAAUGAAGAGAAAAAGGAGGAGGAAGCGGAGGAGAAGGUGACACCUGAGGAAAAGGAAGGAGCCGAGGAGGAGAGGAAGAGGAAGGCAGAACCGUCAUCCUCACAUCCACCAACGAAGAAGAAAACAGAUGAUGGUGGCAGCAGUGGAGCUCAGAACGAGCCAAUCACAGCUGACUCCACCCAGCCAGCUCCUCUUAACUCCACCCACAUUGACAGAGAUGUCCUGUUGGAGCGUCAGGCUCACUUGCCAACAACACACAAGUUCAGCAGAGAACCAUUGUAUCGUGUGAUAAAGAACCAGCCUCCUCCCAUCCUCUCCAUCGAGCUCGACCACAACCCCUUCAAGUGUCCUGCCGAUGGCUGCACCAAGUCGUUCAGGAAGGCCAGCCUACUACACUACCACAUCAAAUACUACCACUCAGACCAGCAGCUGGACGAGGGAGGUGGCGAGCAGGAGCCACCGAGGAGGAAGAGGUCGUCAUCCAAAGGAAGCGAUGUUGUCUCUGAGAGGAGGAGCGAGGACCAGGACAAUAUGUGUCACCAUGACGACAGAGAGCAAGGCACCAUGGGAACAGAGGUGAAGAAGGAAGGAGGGAGGGAGAAAACAGGUGGUCUGGACAGGAAGGAGAGGAAGAACUUCCUGAGAGUGAAACUGAAGAAGAAGAAGAAAAAGAAGAAGAAGAAGAGGAGUCACUCAGGUCUCUUCAGCAGUGAUGACGAGCUCUCAGACCAGCCUCCGAUCACGCUGAAGUUGUCCACUGAGCUCCACAACUUAAGCUCACACGUUGACGACGGUAGCGACUGGUCGACGCUGACCGCAGAGAGUGGAGAGGACACACCCUCUUGGCCUGUUGCUAUGGAUCUGGAGGAGUGCGAGGUGGUGAGGUGUGUGUGCGAGGUGGAUGAAGAGAAUGACUUCAUGAUCCAGUGUGAGUCGUGUCUCUGCUGGCAGCACGGUACUUGUAUGGGGUUAUAUGAAGACAACGUCCCUCGUAACUACAUCUGCUACUACUGCAGGCACACCGCAGGUUGGAGGCGGGCUCAGCGCUUCCUGUCGGAGCCUGAUUUGUUGAUAUCAGGUCACAUGUUCGGCCUGUCCUGCGUGAAGGAGAACUACUCCGAGAUUAACGCCUCCAAGAUCUCACACACCAGCCAGCUGCUGGCACAUACUCAUGGCCUCAAUCAGGUCCUCAGCGGGCUGCAGCUCAAAAUCAGCCUGUUACACUCUCCAUCACACCCUGACCUGCAGCUGUGGAGGUUACCAUGGAGACGAGAGGAAGGGCAGAGGCUGACGUCCAGUCCAAGAGGAGAGAUUCCGCUCUGUUAUGUCAGCAGUGAACACUGCUACCAAAAACCUGGAGCAUCAUGGGAAAAAUCGGAGACAGCUGCAGUGAAGCAAGAGAUGGACUCUGAACUGAAGGAAGUAAAGAGCGAAGAUGUCGACCAGGAACUGGCCGACGUCACUGCUGAAACACAUGCUGUGGCACACAUCGACACUGCCAGAAUAAAACGAGAAAAUAACGCAGACUGCAGCGUGCACAUGCUGGAGCCUCGAGCCGUGUCUGUGGCCGCGUGUCAGCUAAACCUGCAGGAACAUGUCGAAACUCUUCACCAGCAGAUCAGUGCCCGGAUGGACGUCAUAGAGAGAGAGCUGGACGUCUUGGAGUCCUGGUUGGACCACUCCGGUGAGCUCGAGCCUCCCGACCCUUUGUCCCGCCUCCCACAGCUCAAACAACGAAUCAGGCGGCUGCUGCGUGACCUCUGCACCAUGAAACACCUCUCGGUGUGGCGCUGAAACGGAUCAGUCGGUGAACUUUGACCCCACUGAGUCUGUGCUGGAUGAAAGAUGCUGACAGAAAGACCAGUGGCGGUGAGAAAAAAACGACAUGGACUCAGCAAGAGUGAGUGAGAAAACUGUGGUUUCCUCGCAGACACAGCACAGCCCCCCUCUCUGGUGGAGAAGACCAGAGAGGAUGGUACCAGCUCCUGACUGAACGCUGUUUUCAAUCAGUGCCAAACAGGCGUGACGACCAGAUAUUUGAGUUGAUGGUCAGCUGUUGUCAGGACUUGUUUUUCUGAUAGGAAAGCUUUAGUUAGCACUGACAUGAGGCCGAUGGUGUCAGUAGACUCUGACAGAAAGCAGCUACGCAACAAAAGGUUGGCAACAUAUUAGCGAUGAGACAUUGCCAACAUGUUUGUGCAGUUUAGACCGUGUGCUCGGAUUGUUUGCAAUUUUUGAUGGAUUUAUUCCUCUCCUAUUCACCUCAUUAUACUGUCCACUAGUAGAGCCAAAAUUAGCUUUUUUUUCUACUUGCAGUUAAUCUCCUGCUUUAUUGUCCCUUUCUUUGGUUAAUCCACGUCAGCGUCUCCCUGCAGCCACAGUGAUAGAAAAUACCACUGCUCUUAAUGUGUCAUUACCUUUAAAAAGUCAAAUUUGUUUUUUGAGCGACUAAAGAUAAGAGAGCAAGCAGAAUAUUAGAGCACAAACAAAGAAAAUCUAAGCACAAGAAGGCAGUUUAGAGCAAAAAGGCAGAUUCUUUUUUUUUUUUUUUUUAGAUUUAUUUUCAGCAUUUUUGUGCUUUUAUUUGAUAGAGGAGGACAGUGGAUAGAGUCGGAAACAGGGACGAGAGUGGGGAAGAGACAUGCAGUAAAGGGCCUCAGACCAGAUUCAAACCGGGCUGUCCGUGUGCAUGGGGCGCAACUUAAUCCACUAGGCCACCUGUGCCCCACAAAGGCAGAUUUUAAUGGAAAGUUUGAGAAGUUUUGCAGUAAUGACUCCAUAUUUAUCUAAAAAAGCAGGUCUGUAUCCAAACAGGAAAUCAGUACCCUUAUUUUAAGCCAGCAGAAAAUUUAAAUUAAACAAUGGCAGCUUUAAAUGCUAAAUAGUGGAAAUGUGAUUAAUCACAGUUAGGUCCUAAUAUUAGGUUUGAGCUUGGCUGUACAGUGGAGCAGUGGUUAGUGCCGUCUCCUCACAGUGAGAUAGUUUUUAGUUUCCCAUCAGACAAGACCUUUCUGUGUGGAGUUCACAUGUUCUCCUUGUGCAUGCGUUGGUUCUCUCCAGGUGCUCCAGAUUCCUCCCACAGCCCAAAGAUUGUCAUGUAGUUGGUGACUCUAAAUUGCCCGUAGAUAUGUGUAUAAAUAUUUGUCUCUCUAUGUCAGUCCUGUGAUUGACCGGCCACCAGUGUAACCGCGGCCCAGCAACAGCUGGGAUUAGCUUCAGCCCUCUGCAACAGCACAAAUAGUAAAGACAGUGGUUGGAUAGAGAUCAGGGAGGCUCUGACUCCACACUCUUUAGGAUUAUUUCAACAAAUAAACAACAAACUUUGACAGACUUCAAAGAAAUUAAUGGAUAUUGCUGUGUGUUUUGGGACUAAAUGUUAAAUCAUUUCUUGUCUUUAUUACCAAAACACAUGCAGACAAACUCCUGCAGACUUUCAAAUUGCACAAAUAUGUUGCCAACAUUUUAGUACUGCUCCAUCUCUCUCUCUCUCUGUCGGCAGCUUUGGUUUCAAAUAUGACUGAAGAUUUGAUGUUUUUGAUUUAAUCUUUGGUGCUUUUUUGAUACUAUUGUUCAUUAAUAUAACAGAUUGUAGUGUUUUAAAAUCUGUAUUGAAAAGUACUAAAGUAUUCGACCACCUGAACGUGGAGAGGUUUACUCUGACCGAGGAGAUCGAUGGCAGAGAAACACAAGCUCGGCUCUUUGGAGGAAAUACUGACACAGAAAUGAAAACUUUACGCUGAUAAGUGCAUGUUUGCACUCAUAGUUCGGUAUCUCAUCGUACGACGGCUGUCUAAAUCCUUGGUUCUCAACUGGUGGGUCAGGACCCAAAAGUGGGUGGCGAAGCCAUUUUCAGAGGGUCGCAGAUGUGUGCCAGGGAAAAAAUAUGUAGCAAAAAUUUUUCCAGGCGCUUUUAUUUUGAAGGAGAGGUCUUCAUGUCGUUGUUUCAUCACAGCUUUUGUUUUAUCUCACGACCAAUCAUACAUUUUUAAUCAAAGACCAAAACAGCAUAUAAGAGCCACUCUAAGAAAUUUAAAACAAAAGGAGUAUCUGUUAGCUUUAGAAAAAAGAAGUCAGCAUCUUCAAGACAGUCUGGCUGAAGACUGCAUCUCCUCCUCUUCCUUGCAGACUACCAUGAUAAGACGCUGCCUCUGUCAAGAUGGAAAUACAGGCUAAAACUUUCAAAAUAAAAACAGAUUAAAUUUCUGGUUUGGGUUUGGGAAAGGGUUAGGAUACUAAAAGUUAAAAGUCAAAAACCAGACCUGCAAAACCUGAUUAAAAAAUGUCUAAUUAAGCCGAGUAAGCAGUCAGCCUCCAUGGAAACACUGUAACAUGGCUAAAGUUAGCAAAGCUAGGUAGCUAACGUAGCUGAAUCUAAAGCUACUAACGUUAUGUUAGCUACUUAGGUUACAUAGCUAACAUAGCUAUGUAACUAACAUAGCUAAAGCUAGAACAAAUAAAGCUACAUUAAUUAAUGCUAUAUUAGCUAAUGCUAUGUUUGCUAAAACUAGACCCAUUUUAGACGUCGUUAAUAUGAAUGUUGGCUGACUUAAUCUUUGUUAGCUUUAGCUAAAGCUGACGUAACCUCAUUGGCAUAUGAAGUUAUGUUAACUACAUAGCUAGGGAAGCUAUGUUAGCUAAAGCUAACAAAGCAAAAGUAAACCACUCUUUGCUGAACUACUUCUAAAAUAGCUCUGUCCAUAACUUAAUCCCAGAUUCAACCUCUAAACAAACCAGAUGAUAAUGAUAGAUUAUUCUGUCCUAAAAUCCUGAGAACUUCCUUAUCGAUCAGUCCCAGUAAAAGUUUUUUUGACUAGAUCCUCAGUUCCAGGAAAAACCUUAAUCUGGUCUGACAUUCUUCCAUGCUGUCAGCUGUUUUUCGACAUCAAAAUGUCAAAAAGUUUCAAGUUUUGUUUCUUGUAAAUUUACAACUUUUAAACUUGAAUUUUUUUUAUUAUUAUUAAAAUUUUUUUUUAGACAUUAUUUGAACAUGGUCCAAAUAUGCCAUUCCAAGAAAUACUUGGUUAUGAUUGAAAAUUUUAAGAAACCAGGGUCGUGAUUCAGAGAUAAGGAAAGGUGGCAGUGGGUCCUGACUUUGGACCAGUUGAGAACCGCUGGGCUAAAUAAACUGUAGAAAAGACAACGUAUUUAGUUCCACUUUUACAGAAAUGUAUAAAAACGAUGUUUGGUUUAUAAGCUUUUACUCUGUUUUUGAGCACACUUUUCUCUUUUUCUAAAGUACUUCUUUGUCAAACUUUUAGGUGAAUUCUUCCACUUUUCUAGAUUUUUAUGGAUGCUUUUAUUUGUUUCUGACUUUAAAAGAAGGAAAUGUUUUUGAAGCUUCUCUAAAAGCGAUAUAUUAGCAGAUGUGAGAGUUAAUUCUUAACCUUGGGAACAAACAGAGUGUGUUUGUUAAUAUGUAGUUAUUCAUCUGCGUUUCACAGGCUCUAAGACGUGUUUCUACGACUUUCUGAAGAACAUUUUCACCGCCGUUAAUAGAAAUAUUCCUCACUGCUGGUGCUUACUGAGUAUUUUGACUAUUUCUUAUUAAAGCCGUUGGCAGUGCGAGGUUAACAUCAGUCUACUAAAGACACCAGUUCUUACAUAAUCUUUCUUUAAAAUGUACAGAGAUCACUUGUUAAUAAAUUCCUCUCGACAUACUCCUUUUUUUCAAGGCAAAGACAAAUUUAGUCUGUCUGUCCUUUCAAAGAAAAUUUUAGCGCUUUAAUCGAAGUUGUAUGCUGUGUUAGAGAGAGGUGCUCUCCAGCAGGAUGCAUGUGAUUCUUAGGGUGCUUUUCUCACCAUAACACCUACAGCAGGUCACAAAGACAACUGAAUAGAAAAAUCCCAAAUGUUCAGUGGCCUGUUUUUAUUUGUUUGUUUAUUUUCUGUCUGAGCAGAAAAUCAAAAAUGCAAACAACACAACUAGAAACGUUUUUUGAAAAAUAGAUUAUAAAAAAAAAGCUUUUUCCAAAAUCUUGAUGAAUGUUGAAAAGAAAAACAGUACAUGAAAUAGAUCCAGCCUGUUUUUCUGUGUAAUGUCACCAAAAAAAUACAGUGAUAUUUUUAGUGACUGAUUAAGGCCGAAAAUUUCAUAUUGAGACGCUGUAUGGAGUCAUUAUUGUUGCAAAACUCCAGAGUGCAUUUUAACAUUUGAGAGAUUUACAUGGAUUUUGGGCUCAGAUGGUUCUUAAAGGUCACAUAUUUUACCCUUUAAAUACAAGUUUAUAUUAGUCUCAGAGGUCCCCAAAACAUGGCUGUGAAGUUUGUUGCUGAAAAAAACACUCUAGUAUUUGAUCUUUGCAUGUCUAAAAACACCUCUGCUUCAGCCCUGCUCAGAACGACCUGUUUCUGGGGGUUUUUCUCUGUGCGUUGAAACUUCCUCAGUGCUAACUUUGAUCUCCCUAAGAGAGUCACGACAUUAGUUCUCACGUCAUCUCAGUUGACUUCAAGGCCCUAUAACUCCUACAGACUCCAUGUGGGCUUUAAAAAGUAGACAUAUCAUUCAGCUAUUUAUGUGGGAUUUUCUUUGUGAUAAUUAAUAUUAAAGUUUUAUGAAAGUUUGUUGCUCUCAGACUUUUACAAUGUGUGUUUAUGUGGUAAAAUGUUGGGAUUCUCUCAGUGAGAUCAAAGCAAAUGUUUCCUGGAGAUCAGCAUAGCAACAACGGGCAGAUUACAUUUGAUUGGUCCAUCCUCUACCUGUUUCCUACUGAUUGGUUCAUCAAAAAAAACAAAGAACAUGUUUCAAGCCUGCAGAAGAAGUUUCGUACGUGAACAAGAGAAAAAUCAACUUGUGUCUGAUGAUUUGAGGGCAUGUAUUUAGAGCACAAAAAAAUGUCAAAUCAAGGAGGCAGCUCAGAGCACAAAGGCAGGUUUGAAGGUUCUAAGAACGUUAAAAUGCGCUGUUGAGUUUUGCAACCAUAAUGACUCCAUACGGCUCCUCUCAUCCAUCCUUACGUCAAAAAUAUUUUUAAAUAUUUCUCACAUAUAUCCUCUGAUGGAAACUGACAUCUCCGUGUUUUGAAUAAAUGACCCCUCUAUUGAGAUAACACCUGCUACUAGAAAACAAACUAUCUUGGUUAAUGGAAUUGAAACAUAUUCUUUCCCCUCUUUGUUUAUCUGGUCGUCUUUUCAGACGUGAUAAAAACAGUUAAAGAUGUAAAUAUGUUAAAGUAAAUGUUUUAUACAUGCUAACUGUACAAAGCUGUAGAUUUUUAUUUUGAUAGAAGAUUAUUUGGUCAUAAAUAAGCUGGACUGUAAAAAGCUGUUCUGUCGUUUCACGCCGAGGUCAGACGCCACGCGCCAGUAUGUUUAUUAUGAUGGCUCAUUUUAUAACUACCUUCAGGACUAAAAGGAGCCAGGGCAAGGCUUCAUCUGGAUCACCACCUUUGUCAUCUCUUGUUCCUCCGCUGAGCUCAGACCCAGCAGAGGCAUUUUGUCAGGAAAAGCCAGGAGGAGCUUAAACGAUGUUUUGGCGUCCAGUUUGCUUUUGACUCCACACGUCUCUUUUUUCCAUCCUUUUUCCAUCUGUCGUGUUCAGUCUCUGGCAUCAUGAAGCCAGGGAUGUUGGGGGUGGGGAUGUCACUGACAUGAUGGAACAAACCUGAAGACUGCUGGUCCAGGGUUUAAUCCUGCCAACGGCGAGGAGUCUGACCUCGACAUUAAACUGAAAUGAAACAUGAGGCAUCGUAAAUGUAAUUCUCAGUCUGAUAACCUU